CAGCAUGUCCGCGGAGCCGUACGUGUGCGCGUUCUUCAGACUAGUUCUACCCCUCACCCUCACCGCAGCCUCCAGUGUGAGGUUCAGCGCCUUUUCUCUGGUCUACGUCCUGCUGCUGCUUCUGCUGCCACUGCUACCCCAGCCAACUGCCCCCAACACAGGUAGCCCCGCCCGCUGUGUGACCGCCGUGUGUGUGUCCAGCUUCCUCUUCCUCCUUCUCCAGGCCUUCUUCCAGGUGACCACCAUCACCCUGCAGCCGGACUACAACUGCACAUCGUGGCAGAAGGCGCUCUCGCAGCUCGGGCUCAUUGGUCUUGCAGGCAGUGAUGCUGGCUCAGCAGUGCGUCACAUUGCUCCAGACCUGGCUGUGCUUUUGGUGGGUCUGUUCACCUGGAGACUCAGCUCCCGCCUCAGACCUCCUCCUCAGGAGCAGAGUGCAGACUGUGUGCUGGAGCCGUCGGACAUGAGCAGAGGAGACACAGAACCAGAGCAGAACCCAAAGCGGGUGUGGUCCGAGUUGGAGAACGUCCUGAGGCAGGUCAAAGGUGUGGUGGGGAACAUGACAUCCACCGGAGGACAGGUGCUGCUCACCGCCCUGCUGGGACUCACAGGUAUCGUGUUCCCAUCGCUGUCCUCCAUGCCCUACCUGCUCUGCUUCCAGGUGUUGUGCUCCUGGUGGGCGUGGUCAGGACAGGUAUCCUCUGUCCUCAUUGGCUACAUGUCUGUCAUGACCCUUCUGUAUUCUGCGUGUCACUUCCUGUUGUUCUACUGCUGUCAGCUGCCCACCCUGCAGGACACUGUGGUGAACUCCCGCACGGCCAGUGUGUUUGGAGUAGUGCCAUUGGUGAGGGUGGACUGCAGCGCCCCCUGGAGGCUGCAGUUGAGCUCGGAGCUGCGCUGGUUUCACCUGUGUUCUCCUCUGAUGGUGCUGCUGCUCUUCCACUGUGUGUGUGCCCUACGCAGGAACAAGCUCCUGAAUGCAGAUGUGAGCCGCAGUGUGCAAGGGGAGGAGCCUGUGGAGGAGCCUGUGGAGGAGCCUGUAGAGGGGGAGGGGCCUGCAGAGCCUCCAGAUGACACUGUGUUUGAGUUGUCAGCUGAAGCCAAGAGGGCACUAUGGAGCCAAACACAUGUACAGGUCUCCUCAGCCAAUCAAAGUCCUUCUGGUUCAUAUGGCCCGCCUACUCAGAGCACUGCACUGGGAACAGACCUGUACUCCACCCCUCAGUUCUCCAUCAGCCAAUCAGACACUCUAGAGACCUGCAUGUUUGAAGAGGACCUGGACCAGAGCCUGGACCAGAGUCUAGAGCAGAGUCUGGACCAGGGGGAGGAGCUGUUUGAUAGAAAGGGUGUAGCCUCUGUGGCUCUGGGCUUCCUGUUGAGGCAGAGCUAUAUCGCCGCCCUGGUGGCCAUGCUGGCCUGGUCCAUCUCCUAUGUGUCCUGGCUCAGCUGUGUACUGCUGCUGUGGUCCUGUGUUCUGUGGAUGAUGAGAGAACGCCGCCGCCACACCCUAGACUCUGCCCCCUGGCUGGUUGCCUAUGGCAACCUGCUGCUCAUCCUGCAGUACAUCUUCAGUCUGCCAGAGGUCCACAAAGUGCCCGGGGUCUUCCCCCAGAAGGAGGAGCCUUGUCUGGAGCUGGCAUCGAAGCUGAUCUGCCUGCUCACCUUCUGGAUGCUGCUGCGUCAGUCCAUCACUGAGAAACAAAGCACACUGAAGGAGAGCCCCGCCCCCACUCGCCUGUCCAGUGUCACUAUCCACACCACAGCGCCCUCUGCAGGUGGGACAGGCUCAGGACCAUAUGACAUGUCUGGAGACCUCUGAAUGAUAAUAAUACAAGUGUGUGUUUCAGAGAGCUCGUGUGAGGAUGUGUUCCUCCUCCAGGCCCAGGUGGGUGGGGCACAGAUGAACGUUCUGGGGGCGGUGCUCAAACGCAUGUUUGUCAAAUACUGGAUCUACGUCUGUGGGACUAUGUUCUUUUUCGUCAGCUUUGAAGGGAAGAUCGUGCUCUACAAAGUCAUUUACAUGGUGAUGUUUCUGUGCUGCGUGGCCCUGUACCAGGUGAACUACCAGUGGUGGCGCUCUCUGCUGAGGGGCUUCUGGCUCACAGUGGUGGUCUACUCCAUGAUGGUCCUGAUCCUGGUCUACACUUUCCAGUUCCCCUCAGCUCCGGUCAGCUGGAGCUACUACACUGGCCUCAGCAUCCAUAGGCUGGAUGAUCUGGGGCUAGAGAAGUUCUCGGUUCCUGUGCUCUUCACCAGAAUCUUCAUCCCAGCUGCAUUCCUGCUGGUGUGUGUGAUCCACUUGCAUUACUUUCACGAGCCCUUCCUGCAGCUCACAGACCUGCAGACAGUGGUGGACACUCAUAACAGCACCAUCACCAGACUGGUGCAUUCAGACGGGAGCCUGGUGGACCUGUCUGAAGGAGGACACUACAUCAGCGCUGAGAGCAGACACAUGGAGAAGAACCUGGAGAUGCAAAAGGAGGAGGAGGAGGAGGAGGAGGAGGAGGCAGUGCACUCCUUGUCUGACCAUAUCACAGUGCUGGUGUCCUGGCGCCUGGUGGUGGACCGCCUCUCGGUGCUCUUCCUGCGCUUCCUCCUGUCCCUGCAGAAGCUACAGCGCCUCGUGUGGUGGCUACUGGAGCUACACAUAGUCAAAGUGGUGUCAGCGUACAUUAUCUGGGUGUCUGUCAAAGAGGUGUGUGUGUUCAACCUGGUCUUCGUCCUGUGUGUAGCUGUGAGCUUGCCCUGCAGAAGGUGGCGCCCCCUACUGUCUUCAGUGUGCACUGUCUGGACCUGCGUGGUUAUAGUGUGCAAGAUGCUGUACCAGCUGAACGUGGUACAGCCCAUAAAGUACUCGUCCAACUGCUCCAUGGUGGCUAACUCCAGUCUUGACCUGUCCAGUCCUGUAGACCCUGCCCAGUGGGUGGGGCUUAGGAAGAGCAAGGGGAGAGUUCUGGACUAUCUGCUGAGUAACCUGACCGUGCUGGCACUGUUAGCCUUUGAGGUGACAGUCUACCGGCAUCAGGAGCUUUAUCGUCUGCGUCGUGGUGAGGCCCCUCCCCCUACCAGGACGCUGUUUGAUGACAUCACCAGACGUCACCUCGAUGAGGGUCUUCUCAACUGUACCAAGUACUUCAUCAACUACUUCUUCUACAAGUUUGGCCUGGAGACAUGCUUCUUGUUGGCGGUGAACGUGAUUGGUCAGAGGAUGGACCUGUUUGCCGUCGGCCAUGCCCUUGCUCUCAUCAGUAUCAUGUGGCGUCGCAGCAGGAGUCUUAUCUCUGUGGUUUGGCCUCGCUACUGCUACUUCCUGUCAGCCAUUUUGUGUGUGCAGUACAUCCUCUGUAUCGGCUAUCCUCCUGCCUCUUGCACAGACUACCCCUGGAGGGCGCCCUCCUCCAGCCUAGACUCCAAUGUGGUGAAAUGGCUGUUCCUUCCAGACCACCUCACUCCCCCCAACCCCAUCUUUCUGCUCUAUGAUUUCCUGCUGCUGCUCGGGGCCUCUCUGCAGAGACAGGUGUUUGAGGAGGAGCUGCAGCCUCAUGUCCAGCAGAGGGCAGGAGACAACACAGAACUGGAACUGGACCAGGACCCAGACCUGAUCAGGCGCCUCCCGUCCAACCCCGUGCCCGACUUCAUGCUUUGCAGGUCCUACCUGGACAUGCUGAAGGUCAUCAUCUUCUGCUACAUGUUCUGGUUCGUCCUCACUGUCAUCUUCAUCACAGGCACAACCAGGAUCAGUGUCUUCUGUAUGGGCUACCUGGUAGCCUGCUUCUACUUCCUGCUAGUGGGCGGAGACUUGCUUUUGAAGCCUCUCAGCUCGAUCUUGCUUUACUGGGACUGUUUGAUCGGAUACAACGUGUUUGUCAUCACCAUGAAGAACAUACUAUCUAUCCUGGCGUGCGGCUUCAUUAAGUCUUUAGUAGUGAACCACUGUUGGCUCAUCCAGCUCUUCAGUCUGGCCUGCACCAUCAAGGGCUACAGCAAACCGGAACAGAGCUCCAAACAGUGCGAGCUUCCUAAUGAUGAGGCCGGGAUCAUCUGGGACGGCAUCUGCUUCUGCUUCCUGCUGCUGCAGAGGAGAGUGUUCAGAAGCCACUACUUCCUGUAUGUGCUCCUGGAUCUGCACAACACCCAGCUGCUAGCAUCAAGAGGUGCAGAGCUAUUCGAGGCCUCCACCGUGAAGGCCGUGCGAGCCAGACUGCAGGUGGAGAAGAACUCGAUGGACCUGCUCAAGAGACAGAUGGAGCGAAUCAAAACGCGACAACAGAAGUUCCGUCGUGGCAAAGAAACUCUGCUCAGUUUUAAUAAGGAGACUGCAGAUGCCGAGGGGAAACUUGGCCCCAAAGAGAGGAAAGAUGACAGCCAGUGGUGGAGGCCCUGGGUCAACCACGCCUCCAUGAUCCGCAGUGGGGACUACUACCUGUUUGAAACCGACAGUGAUGAGGAAACAGAAGAGGAGAAAGAGGAGGAGCAUAAGAAAGGAGCACGACCUCCUGACAAAUCUGCCUUUCAGUUUGUCUACCACGCCUGGAUCACUGACUCCAGAACUGCCAUGAGAGCCCGGCACAGGCAGAAGAAACUGCACCAGAGAUCUACUCGGAGAAGGCCUCGCUGGGAGCACAGGGCCACAGAUGGGACCAUUGAGGUCUCCACAGAAACAGAUGAGGAGGAUACAGAGGAGGAGUUAGAUGAUGUCGCAGAGACUGUGCUCCAGAGGCUCUCCAGUGGGCUGCGCUUCUGCUGGGUCCUGGUUUCUGCUCUGCUGGACUCCCUGACCACAUGGCUUCGUGGCUUGUGUCAGGAGCACAUAGAUAUUUCCACUGUUCUGCGCAUAGAGAGAUGCAUGCUCACUCAGCAGGCCCGGCAGGGCACAGCUCCAUCUCGAGAAGGCAUUCACCUCUACUACCAGCAGCAGCUGAAGAGGAGCUCCAAGGAGUCUGGACUGGACCAUAGAGCCCACACUGGAUUAGAGUCGGACAAUAAUAAACCAGAUCCGAACUAUAUUGUGUCUGACCACAAAACUGAACUAGACCAUACUGGACCAGACCAUACCGGACUAGACCACACUGAUGCAGACCAUACCGAAGUGGACCACUCUGAACCAGAGCUCACCAAUACAGAACACUGUGGACUGGACUCCAGCCAAACAGAUCUCACUGGAAAAAAUCACACUGAACCGGACUACACUGAAACGGAUCAAACUGAGCCAGACCACACCGAACCGGACCACAGUGAACCAUACCUUAGUGAACAAGAGCAUUCUGAACUAGAACACUGUGAAUUGGACCCCACCAAACCAGACCACACUGGAAAAGACACCACUGAACCAAGCCACACUGAACUGGACCACUCUGAACCAGACCACACUGGACCAGAGCUCACCAGACUAGACCACUGUGAACUGGACCCCACGCAACCACCUCUCACUGGACACGACCACACUGAACUAGGCCACUCAAACCUGGAGCACACUGAACCAGACCACUCUAUGGACCAUACUGGAUCUGAGCUACACGACAGUGCACACAGGCUGGACCACACUGAGCCGGACCAUGGUGAGCUCAGACUGGACAACAUCGAACUGGAAAAGGAUCCAAACAAACACAGCCUUAAAGAUGAACAAGACAUGACCUGUGAAGUGUCCUGUAUGAGUGAGGCGGAGAGCAGAGCGGGCGCCCGGCGCAGACCCAGGCUGCUAAAGAUGAGGAGAGUGAAGUCGUCAUCUUCAUCAGAGGGAGAAGAGGAGCUCCUACACAGCUGGAGUCAUCUGCCUCCCUCCUACAGCCUGGCCCUGGGUCUGGACCAGGACCCUGAGCAGGUCCAGAGGCACCUCAGCAUACAGGAGCAGCCCCAGGCAGAGGCACUGGAGUCCCCCCUGUCUCUGUGUCGCAUCCAGGAGCUGACAGCCAGUGAGCUGCUCCAGAACAGGAUGUUCUACGAUGAAGAGCUGGAAGCCUCAGACCACUUCUUCAGUAGUCAGCCUCAGCUGCUGCAGCUCUGCUACACGCUCUACAACAUUCUGGCGGCAAGGUCUGAGGCGGUGUGCUUCCUGGUCAUGGUGGUGAACCACAUGGUGUCUGCUUCCUGCCUGACUCUGGUGUUGCCAGUGCUGGUCUUCCUGUGGGCCUCGCUGUCCGUGCCUCGGCCCAGUAAGGCCUUCUGGAUGACGGCCAUUAUCUACACUGAGGUUACCAUUGUCAUCAAGUACUUCUUCCAGUUUGGAUUCUUUCCAUUCAAUCAGAAAUUGGAGGUGGACCGCUCCAAGCCCUUUCAUCCUCCCAACAUCCUGGGAGUGGAGAAGAAGGAGGGCUAUGUGAUCUACGACCUGCUGCAGCUGCUGGCUCUGUUCUACCACCGAGCUAUACUCAAAUGCCACGGGCUGUGGGACCAGACUGACUCCGAGCCGGACAGUCCCAGCACCCAUUCCAGCUCUACCCGCACCUCUUGUUCAGAGCCAGGAGAGGGAGCAGCUACACCUCCACACCCAACAGGCAGGAGGAGGGAACAGCCAGGGUCCAGCCCACAGUCCCCCGCAGACAGUGGUGGCUCCAGAGUCGAGCCAGAAAGAAAAGUAUUCAUGUUUCUAACCAAACUGAGAGACAUGUCCCUGAAAGCCCAACGACACUCCUUCACAAGGGUGCGCUUGGCGUGUUCCCCAGUGCAGGACUUCUUCCGGGCUCUGGUGCAGCCGGAGUACAGCGCCGUCACUGAUGUCUACGUGCUCAUGUUCCUGGCCGACACAGUGGACUUCAUCAUCAUCGUCUUUGGUUUCUGGGCCUUUGGGAAACACUCAGCAGCUGCAGACAUCACCUCCUCUCUGUCCGAGGACCAGGUUCCUGAGGCCUUCCUGGUCAUGGUGCUCAUUCAGUUUGGCACCAUGGUGAUCGACCGAGCACUCUACCUCAGGAAGACGGUCCUCGGGAAGCUGGUGUUCCAGGUCAUCCUGGUGCUGGGCAUCCACUUCUGGAUGUUCUUCAUCCUCCCCACCGUCACAGAGAGGCGUUUUAACCAGAACCUGGUGGCCCAGCUGUGGUACUUUGUGAAGUGUGUGUACUUUGGUCUGUCAGCAUACCAGAUCCGCUCCGGGUACCCAACUCGAGUCCUGGGCAACUUCCUCACCAAAAGCCACAACUACCUCAACCUCUUCCUCUUCCAGGGUUUCCGGCUGGUGCCCUUCCUGACUGAGCUGCGAGCUGUGAUGGACUGGGUUUGGACAGACACUACGCUGUCCCUCUCCUCCUGGAUAUGUGUGGAGGACAUCUACGCCCACUGCUUCACCCUUAAGUGCUGGAGGGAGUCGGAGAAGCGCUACCCUCAGCCCCGUGGGCAGAAGAAGAAGCGUGUGGUGAAGUAUGGCAUGGGUGGGCUCAUCGUGCUGCUGCUCAUCUGCAUCGUGUGGUUCCCUCUGCUCUUCAUGUCUCUGGUCAAGUCUGUGGCUGGAGUGGUCAACCGACCGCUGGACGUGUCCGUCACUGUCACCCUGGGAGGCUUCCAGCCCAUCUUCACCAUGAGUGCCCAGCAGAACCAGCUCAGGGAGCUGAGCGAGCAUGAGUACCAGGCCUUCCUCAGCUCCUACAGCUACGAGCCGAGUGCCCUGCAGUUCCUGGAGGCUUAUGGAGCAGAAGAUGUGACGGUGGCAGCGCUCCCUGGCAGCAGCAACUCUCUGUGGACCAUCAGCCCGCCCAGCCGCAGCUACCUCAGCCAUGUGCUCCACCUGGAGAACUUUCCCCUCACACUCUCCUGGACUGUCCAGAGGAACCUGAGCCUGGGAGCCAAGGCUGAACUGGCCUCAGGAAAACACGUGACCUACCUGGAUGACCACACCCGCCUGGAGCUCAUCCAGCUGCUCAACGGCACCAGGACCCUGCCUGUAGUGAUUCCGGACGUGUUUCCCUGUUUUCUACGUGCUCCAAGUGAUUCCAACGCAAAACCCAUCGAGCAGCUCUACCCAGAUGAGCACUUUAAGGACAUCCUGUUAGCCCUCGAACGAACAACCAAUCGGCAAUCAGACAUGCAGGAGUGGUGGAUUGUCGACCAAUCAGCUGACAGCAUAGUCCAUCUGGGGGGCGUGGCCACGGAGCGCCGGGAAGCAGGACUCCAGCUCUUUGUGUUCAGCGACAAAGUCAGCCCCCCAAGUCUGGGCUUCCUGGCUGGUUAUGGGAUCAUGGGUCUGUAUGCUUCUGUGGUGUUAGUCAUUGGGAAGUUUGUACGAGAGUUUUUCUCUGGGAUCAGCCACUCCAUCAUGUUUGAGGAGCUGCCCUGUGUGGACCGCAUCCUCAAGCUUUGCACAGACAUCUUCCUGGUGCGAGAGACAGGUGAGUUGGAGUUGGAGGAGGAACUGUACGCUAAACUCAUCUUCCUGUAUCGAUCUCCAGAGACUCUGAUCAAAUGGACACGCCGAUGACACAACUCACAUUUUCUACUAUGAGAUGGACAUGUGAAGACAAAGGGACAAAAAACAUAGAUGGACUGGUGUGAGUUGGAUUUUAUGGCUUGAAUGGCAGAAUACAGUCUGGAUUUGGUUGAACAGGUCUGGCAACCUCAGAAUAGUAGUUCAGAGGAGCACAGAGGCACAGAGGAGACACGUGGAGAUCAGAGGAGCACAGAGAAGGUAAGAGGAGUUUGGAGGAGGAAGGUGUCAUGGAGGCUGUUUUUUUAGAAGACUUGUUUGUAGAAUUUACAUAUCAAAAGGAGCACUCUGAUUGGCCCCAUGCUCCAUUCAUAAAAAUCUCUCUACUUGCUUUAUCUCAAUUUCUCAACAAAUCAAAUAGCUCUCAGCUUGCUGUUAUUUAUCUGUGUUAUCUGUGAUAAAAUGCGCUAUAGUUGACUUACCUUCAUACAUGCCUCCUUCUUUUGCCCAAAGCUGUACUCCGUCAGCCUGGUGUGUAUGUGGCCAUGGGCUCAUGGGCAUUCAGGAAUACCAUUAUAUCAUGCACAUUUUAUUACACCCUCAACAUUUACUCACCCAAAGUUGUAUUUGGGGUGAUUUGUGCAUUUGUGUGUUUGAGAAAUCUUUAAAGGGCCCUUAUUACACUAUUUUCUGAUCUAUGUUCUAGUGUUUUAAUGUUGUUUCCUCAUCACAAACACACCUGGAGUUGUUUAAAUUUGUGACCAGGUCAUAGAUUAUAACUAUAGAGCACACACAAGCAGCACAGUAUGUUUGCUUUAAGUCAGAACUGUUAAAAGGCCUGUAUUGCACUAUUUUUGAUUUAUGUUAUAAUGUUUCCUCAUUCACGUUGUAUUUGUUUCAUUCACACAAGUUUAAUACAGUCGUCCCUCAUUGUAUCCCGGUUCACCUUUCGCGGUCUUGCUGUUUUGCGUAUUUUUUUGUGCAAUUUUGCAUGCUUUUUUUUUUUUUUAUAGCGUAUGUUCUGGUUUAGUCUUGGUUCAGUCCGUGGCAUAUGUAGCACCAAAGUUUGAUAUAAUCGCGGGUUAAUGGGCAGGUGCGGUGCUGUACUGCACGGGUGCAGGUCUCCAAAAAUGGACCCGUGCAGGACUCAGCGCUGUAGGGCUCCAUUACUUUCGUUACAUAAAGAAGAAGUAAAAUAACAAAAGGGCGACAGCAGCAGUAAGUUUUAAGAAGGAUGCAAAACUGUUCUGUCUGAGAAAAGUGUAUAAAGUGUGUGGUGAGGGGUUUUACAGCCUUCACGGAUUUCACCUAUCGCGGGAUAAUUUUAGAACAUAACCCCCGCGAUAAAUGAGGGACCACUGUACAUUCUGCAUAUUUAGGCUUUGUUCUAUAUUGUGUUGUCAUUAAGUGGUUAUACAGGAAAUGCUCCAUACACCUUCAUAGGAUCACUUGUAUCAUUUGAGCUCUGAAUUUGCAUACCUCUGAAGUUUCUGCUAUUGUUUUGUUUUGUGUGUCGCCUUUAGGCUAAAAUAGCUGCUAAACUUAAAGCUAGUACUUGGUGACAUCAUAAAGCUCUGAGGACAGAAUAAGAAUAGUUUUAGCUCAUUUAGAUUAGUUUACUGUUGGAUUUACAUUAUUUCACUAGUUUCAACAUGUUUGUCAUAAACAUUUCUUCUUCCAAGAUAAACUGUGUUCUGACUUGUGUAAAGUGAGCUUUCCUCACAUUCUGUCAUAAUGUUCAGUCAUGUUAGACAGCCUAAUAAUGCAGGCUUACUCAAAUAUGUGUGAAUGACACAAAAGUGUUUUUGUGGAUCUUUCAGAAUAUUCUUCUGCUAAAUGAAUAUACUAGUCAAAAUUCUUAUUUAAAAUGUAGGAAGUAUGGCUUGUA